AUGUCGAGAAUCGAUAGAUUGGAAGUGCCUGUCGCUCUGCGAACAGGCCCAAGGGGAGCUGGCGGAGCUGCCCAUGGAGAGCGAAGGUCUAGGCUGCCAGAAGCAGAGCAUAUGCGUAGCUCCUUCCUACAAAGAUUGGAGGCCAGCUCUCUGUCCAGGCCACGCGCGCGUUGCUCGCUGCAUGACCUGAUCGCGGACAGCGACAGCGACGCGAAGACAGACGCCUCACCAGGUUCGGGCGGUGUGUUCCCGGGCAAAGACAAUUUGGCUUCGAGGUCUGCAGCAUUGGAGCGUCCAGGGUCUGAUCUUCGGAGAUCGAAGCUCUCAAGACCUCAACCGCUCGAAGUGUCUGAAGCUCCAAUACAUGGUCAUAAGGUGCAGGGAUCUCCUAGCGAGUUGUCGACAGCACCGACAGCGUGUGAGGAAGCCCUACACGAUGGCUGCGAACUUGCAGGAGCUGAUGCUGUCCUGCGGCUUACAUCUGCAGGCAGCAGUUCCAAAGUCUCUGAUGCGGGAGGUGACACUGCAUGGGGCGCAUUGCUCGAUGCCCGGUCCAGGACAUUGGAGAAGGGACUGGCACCUCCGCUGUCGCUGGAGUUACCUGUAAAAGUCUUCUCUGAUGGAAGAAUCAGUAGACAUGUUCUUCACCAGGCUUCCACACAAGAGCUCGAGCAGAGUUUGUCUGCAGCCUCCCGUCAAGCAAGGCGUUUGUGGAAGGGAGUUGCAGAUCUGGAGCAGGUGGAGCACGACUUGCAGGCUCGUUUGCAGGCAACAGGCUCCCGGUCUUGUGUUGGAGAAGGAAAGGAGGCAGUUCACUUGGAGUUGAAAGCCGCCCAGGAAGAAGAGCGGCAACUGGUGGAAAAACUGGCCUCCGUGGAAUCCCGAUGGGACUUGGGAGAAGGUGCUCGGAGGAGGUCAACUAGGUUGCGGGCUCGGAUUGCCAGGCUCCAGCAGGAGUGUCAAGAAAUCUCGGAGGAGGUGCUUGCCUAUCGAAACUCCUCUCAAGAACUGGAAGCCGAGGUGGAACAUUGGCGGGCAAAGUUGAGGCUUCGCGAAGAGGAAGAGAGAAGGAACGAGGAGGUAGAAGUGCAGUUGAAGCCCAAGCUAAUGGCCUUGCUUCCACAUCCUGUUGCCGAGGACUCGCUCUUCGAGCUGGCGAGACUUGUGGGCCGCACGUGGGCGGAAGCUCGAAGCCGAGGCGAAGCGCGAAAGGCCGAGCUGGACUCCUUGAAGGAGCAUCAACACAAGCUUGCGAACCUUACCGUGGCGAUCCAGGCAGAAGUUGAGGCAGAAUCUCAAAGACUGCUUGUGGCAGAAGAGGAGUUGGCGUUUCUGAAAUCAGAGCGUCGAACACAAGGGCGUCAAGCAAAGGAGGAGCUUGCCGUGGCACGUGCGGAGCACAAGGUGCUGAGUGAGGACCGCUCCCUCUGGUUGCAGACUCGGCCUCGGCUUCUAAGCCUCAUAGAUGAUCUCCAGCGGCCCUCCCCAUCCAAAGCGCAUGGUGGUCGGCGGCAGGCUGAUGAGGCCUUGCAGGCAGCUGCAGAAGAAAAGCAGGAAUUGCAGGCAAUGAUCAAUGCCUUGGAGGGGGACAAGGCUGCCCUCAUUCAAGAGCAGGAAGAGAUGAUCCAGCGAGUUAGGGAGCGAGUGGCUCCACUACAGGAUCGUUUGGUGGAGCGAUCCCGCCGUUGCAUGUAG